UCUCGAGUCCGUUCUGGCGGCUUGUCGGCGAAUAUUCUAUUCUUCUGCCACAAGAAUUCUGAUUACAUCUUCGCUCUCUCUCUCUCCACUUCAUCCCCAGCCGAGGUCAAUGCUGUCGAUCCGCGGGGCCUGCCACUAAUAAGAACAUCAAAUUAUGAUCCAGCUCAUCGGGCCCGUUAAUGGGGUCCGUCUCAUAAAUGAGACCGGAGGCUCAUUCCUCUCCUCUUCUCCUUACCCCGGAUAUCCGUUCUCUCGGUUUAAUUAUCCGCCCUCAAUUUGUCCAUCAUGGAUUCGUUGCUGUUUCUCCUGGCCUUCUCUCUACUAGAGGGCUACCUUUUGCAGCGGUCGGUCUUUCUGGAUGUUGCCUUUCGCAAGCUCUGCCUGGCCUCCUUCGGUCUGAACCUGGUCCUCUUGGGGAUCUGGAAUGUUCUCAUCUACCCUUUCUUUGUGACGCCUUUGCGCCAUCUGCCUACUUUGGGAGGGAAUUUCAAUCACGCCCGUAUCAUCUUUGACGACCCUCGCGGUCGCCUGCCGUUGCAAUGGAUGAAAACCAUUCCCAACGAGGGUCUCAUCCAUUUUCGCGAUGUCGUUAACAGAAGUCACCUGGUGGUCACCAGCCACCAGGCCCUGCUGGACAUUAUGAGCACGCACACUUACGACUUCGAGAAACCCUGGCGUGCCCGCGACUUCCUGGCCCGUAUCAUCGGUUUCGGUCUGAUCUUAUCCGAGGGCAGUGCCCAUAAGAAGCAACGCAAGGCGCUGACGCCCUCAUUCCACGUCAAGAAUAUUCGCGCCCUGUACUCGCUGAUGUGGGAGAAGACGGGCAUGCUGAUGGACGAGCUGGAGAACGAGAUGCGACUGAAUCCCAUGGAGGGGGCCAGUCCCGACAGUGGCGAGGGGAAGAUCGAGAUGAGUGUGUGGGCCAGCCGUCUUACCCUCGAUAUUAUCGGCCCCGCUGCUAUGGGCCGUGAUUUUGGCUCCCUGCAGAACCCCGAGAACAAGGUCGCUGACAGCUUCCUGGCCAUCUUGGAGCCAACCCGGGAGAAAAUGGCCUUUCUGGCCGUCAACUUUGUGCUGCCGCAGUGGUUCGCCCGCCGCAUUCCUUGGCGCCUGAAUCGUGUCGUCUCUGAGGAGACCGGGUUUCUGCGCGAUCUAUGCAAGGACAUCGUGCAUGAAAAGCGCGCCGCCAUCACGGCUAGUGGUGCUACGGCGAAGGAGCUUGAGGCCGAUAUCUUAGGCUCGAUGAUGCUGGGUGGCGAUUUCACGGAUGAUGAGCUGGUCGAUCAGAUGUUGACAUUCUUGGCAGCCGGCCACGAAACCACAGCCAGCGCCUUCACCUGGGCUUGCUACCUGCUUACCCUGCAUCCGGAAAUUCAGGAUCGCCUGCGCGAAGAAAUUCGUCAAAAGAUUCCGUCGGGGUCCCACCCAAUCACCUGGUCAGACUUGGAGUCCAUGUCCCUGCUCAACGGCGUUUGCCAGGAAGUUCUGCGCCUGUACCCGACGGUGCCGGUGACGCUGCGCGAAUCCAUCCGCGAUACCACCUUGGCCGGUAAACACGUCCCCAAAGGCACUCGUAUCAUCCUCUGUCCCUACGCCAUCAACCGGUCGCCGGAGUUCUGGGGCAACGACGGUGAGACCUUCCGGCCCGAUCGCUGGAUCGAUACGGACAAGAACGGCCAUGAUAUCGUCAAUCAUACGGGCGGCGCGUCGACCAACUUUGCCCAGAUUACUUUCCUGCAUGGUCAACGCGCGUGUAUAGGCAAAGACUUUGCGCGCGCAGAGUUGCGCUGCGCAGUGGCCGGCGUUGUGGGCAGAUUCCGUUUCGAGAUGCAGGACCCCAAGCAGACGAUUCGUAUCGCCGGCGCGGUAACUACAAAGCCUGUCGAGGGCAUGCAUUUGAGGAUGAAAAGAGUGGAUGGCUGGUGAGGCUUUUUAAUGAUGUCAUGAUUUUUAUGGCUUGCUAUCAAUUUGUAAUAACUGUACGACUUUUCCGUUAGGUGAUGUAUUAUUGGAUCCAAUUUGACUUAUUCCGAUAUGAGCUUCUAUGCUUUGAUCAUCUUAGGAUGCGAGGGGCC